AUGUUCAGUAUGAAUAUUGUUACACAGGACCCUGAAAAUGUAAAGUCAAUCCUUGCAAGUGAUUUCAAGUCAUACUCCACGGGUCUGCGUUACCAGCAACUGUCCCCACUACUUGGCAAGGGCAUCUUCACAUCGAAUGGCGCAUAUUGGAAACAUUCCCGUGCGAUGCUAAGACCACAGUUCUCAAGAGAAAGGAUCACAAGGCUGCAUCUUUAUGAGGGUCAUGUUGUAAAGUUGCUGGAUAUCUUAAAACAAGGAUCGAUCGCUAUAACUGAUAAGGGGAACACGCUGAAUAGUCAUGAAAGUGAUGGAGUCGAUGGACUAAUAGACGUACAGAACUUGCUUCUGAAACUGACCAUGGAUACUUCUACUGAAUUCUUAUUUGGCCAAAGUCUAGAUACGUUGUCUCCUGAUGAUGCCAUUCUGAAAACCUCGCGAUCGUCAUACAGGUCCUCGCAGCUCAAUAACGCAUUUGAUGUUUGUGGCAAAACUUUGGCAGACCGUGUGAGAUCAGGGAACUUGUAUUUCCUUUUCAACAAUAGGAAGUUUCGUCAAUGUACAAAAACAAUUCACAAUUUUGUGGAUGAUAUCAUAUAUGACACUUUAAAUGGUAAAGGAAAGAACUUGCCGUCUGAGAAAGUGCCGGAUGAGGCAGUGGACGAAGGAGCAAGCUUUCUCGAAGAACUUUCAUUAGAAACUCGGGAUCCCAUUGAACUGAGAUCUCAAGCACUGAAUAUUUUGCUUGCAGGAAGAAGCACUACAGCGGGGCUGUUAUCGUUUAUGCUUUAUUUCUUGGUCAGGAAUAAAUCAGUUUGGAACCAAUUGCGGGAAACUGUUUUGGCCACUUUUGGUACUGAUCCAGAAAACAUCUCAUAUGAAUCAAUUAAGAGAUGUACAUAUCUUCAGCACGUCAUAAAUGAAGUUUUGCGUCUAUGCCCGCUAGUGCCAGUCAAUAUGAGGUGUGCAAUCAAAGAUACAGUUUUGCCCCGGGGUGGAGGUGAAGAGGAAGAUAUGCCCAUAUUUGUACCCAAGGGAAGUUUAGUUAUCUACCCUGUAUUUCUUAUUCACCGUUUAAAACAGUUUUGGGGCGAGGAUGCGGAAGAAUUUCGACCAGACCGGUGGGCUGACAACUCCUUUCACACUUGGGACUAUAUCCCAUUUAACGGUGGACCCAGAAUCUGUAUCGGGCAGCAGUUUGCGCUGUCUGAAGUAUCAUAUGUGAUGAUUCGUCUGUUACAGACCUUCAAAGAUAUAACGACCACACAGUCGGUACUCGACAGAGAGUUUCUGCAACGAACCAACCUUUCUUCAAAUGUUCUCGGAGGCGUCUGGGUUAAAUUUAUCGAAUGA